AUGGACAUUGAUAUUAUCGUUCACGAAGACGACUUCGAAAGAGCCAAAACAAUAUUGAUUGAAAUCGGCUACAAAAAAGUCAUCGGCGACGGUCUUUGUAUCCGCUUCCAACAUGAAGCAUUUCUGCCCAUUGAUGUUUUGUCAUCACUUGUUUUUGGCGAUCACCCAACAGAAUCAAAUAGCAUCGAAAGUGAUGCAGAUAUUAAGUUCUGUACUCUCCCAAUAUUAGUUCUCACAAAGCUCAAGCCCAGAAAAUCCAUGUUUCGGAUCCGUCGAAUUCCUGUAGGAUCUGAUAAAAUCCUAUAUUGGAUCCGAGUAUGGGAUUGCUCGACCUGGGGGGCACAUAUUGGUCGUCCAUGUACGAAGGCAGCGAUAGCAAAGAAAAAGAUGGAUAAUGCGAAUAUAUGCAACUUGAUUCUCAUUCACGAUCUGGACGUCCACUAUGCAAAGAAUAACAACUUCGAUUGUAUUACACAACAUGUUUACGAAAAGUAUUACCAAAACCUAUACGAAGAAAUCAACUUUGAUCAUCGUGAAAAAAAAGAAAAAAAACAAGUGUAUAUGCCAAUAGAAGUCAAGUAA